GAGCCCUUUGUGGACUGUGGAGGUGGUGCCUUGAGACCUGAGCCCACUUGGGAGGCAGCUUCUCUCUGCCUGGACUCUGCAGGGGCAGCUAGGAUCCAAACUUUGGAGGUGGAGUGAGGGACCUGCAGCUGUGUGGGACUGGUGGGGAGCUCUGGACCAUUUGCUAGGAGCAGUGAGAGCUGUGAACCUCUCUUACGUAUCAGCCGUGAGAAAGAGAGUUAGGUGUCUGAAGACUAAUUCUUAAACAGGCAGAUCAGAAGGAUUAAUCAGUUGCUUAGCAUGUUCUCAUUUUACAAAAAUUGCCCCCAACCUGGGAAGUACUGCACUGUUUUUAAUCUCCUUCCUGUAGAGGUUUUCACCCUGAGAGCAAAACAUGGCUAUCCCACUUUGCCUUUUCCAGACUGAAUGCUGAUUGUACAAACUGAAUUGAAAUCAAAUAUGCAACUGAAGAAUAUGCCAGGGUCAGCUGCUGGUUUUAUUCUGCUCAUCCUUGGGCCUUGCACAGUGUGGGAGCUCACAGCAGAAGACGGCAGUUGGACUAAAUGCAGAUGGGAACAGGGGCUGUUCUAGUGGUGCCAAUGUCUUGGUGGGAUUUCUCCCUGUUAAAGCAGUCAAAAAAUAAUGAUUCCAUAGUAAUUUCACAAGCAUUUUUAGUAUUUCUUUCUUCCCAAAAUGCCUUCAUGUUCUGCUCUUGUGGCAAGUUUUUGGUCAAUAAAUGCACCCAGCAAAAUCCUUAUCUUGGGGAGCAAAAUGCAUCCCAGAUUGCAGAUUUCAGCUGUCCAGAUGUGCACUGAGCUGCCUACCCAUUUCUCUUCUGGAUGUGGAAGAGAAGGCAGGGAAUAAACGGUGGGCUGUAUGAGCUCUAGUCUGCAGAAGUCGUCAGCAUGUGCACGGCUUAGAGGUUGUAGAAAAGAGAAAGGCUCCCUUCUUAGGGCAGAAAGAGGUUUGGGAGAAGCCGAGCUUAUGAGCCAUACAACAGGAGUAGCUCAGGAGGAGAGGGAUGAUCUUAGUAGCUUGGCAUAGCUUCUGCUUGCUGGUCCCUAGCCACCAGUAUCUGUCCAGUUCUCUGUAGAUGUUGUUGUUAAGAGCAAUGGCUGCAGGUGGGUGCCAGGAGGCAAUAAUUGCUCUUCAUACUGAGGGGGAGGCAUCAUUUAAUCCAUCUACUUAGCCCUUGUAGUAGCAUGUUCUGACACCAAGGCAGGGGAUGGCAGACUCCCACAGGGUGCACAAAUGCCCCUGAAACUAGAAGCCAAAUUAAUUGAUACCUGCAUAGAAAUCAGUGUUGAUUUACACCAGAACAGGAUAUAGGGAGGCUUUGCUAUUGAACAAGGUAUUCUGUGAGUCUACAUGGAGGUAACUAUGCCUGCUUUCCAAGCUGGUUUUGGAGAUGGGCUACAAUCCAUGUUAGAAGCUCUAAUAUAUAAAAUGCCAAAAUUAUUGACCCAAGCAGAAAAGGUGGUCAGCUGCAGCUGAUCAUAAUGGGUUCCUUCUGGCUUUAAUAAUUUGGCUUUCAUUUCUGUUCCACAUGUUCUUGGGUUCAGAAAUGAAUAAUUUGUUCUCCAGGAUACCAGUUGCUCAGAAGCAAGUGAGGGAAGGUAGCAGAGGAAAUUUGGGGCUGCUUGCUCUAAGUAAUGCAUGGAGAUAAUGGCUAUGUGGUAUUUGUUUAACAAAACAAAAUGAGACUACCUGGAGGUUUGCCUCACUUCUUAGCAAGGGCCUGAAACCCCCAGCUGUUGUUUGAGAGAGCCAUGGAUGUGGGAUGUGACCUGGCAGCAAUUUGUCCUUGCCACAGUGGGAUUGCGAAAAGCCUUACUACUUCACAGACACCAGGAGGUGAAGAUCUUCCGUGCCUUAAUCCUAGGGGAGCUGGAGAGGGGCCAGAGCCAGUUCCAAGCGCUCUGCUUCGUCACAAGGCUUCACCGCAACGAGAUCAUCCCCAGCGAGUCCAUGGCAAAGCUGCGGCAGAAAAAUCCGAGGACAGUGCGGCAGGCUGAGGAGGUGCGGGGCCUGGAGCAUCUCAGCAUGGAUGUAGCUGUCAACUUCAGCAAGGGGGCCCAGCUGAGCUCUCACAUCCACAAUGUCUGUGCAGAGGCCAAAGAAGCAAUUUACACCCGAGAAGAAGAUGUCAAAUUUUGGCUGGAGAGAGGGGUGGAUGGCUCCAUGUUUGAGGUCCUGCCACAGACAUCCGAUCUCCCUGACCUGCAGCGUUGCAAGCUGUGUGCAGACCGCUGGAAACCCUGCAUUUGCAGCUACUCACUGAGCAUCGAGUGGUACCCAUGCAUGCUGAAGUACUGCAAGAGUCGCGAUGCUGGGGGCAAGGUUUCUUCUUACAAAUGUGGCAUCCGCAGCUGCCAGAAGGGCUACACCUUUGAUUACUAUGUACCGCAGAAGCAGCUCUGUCUCUGGGACGAGGAGACCUAGCAAAGCCAGGCCAGAUCUUUGCAAGGGGCAGCUCAUCUGCCUCCUUCCAUUUAUGAUGCUAAGGGCCUCCUGGAGCUGGCUGCUCCAAAGAAGGAAUACGGUUCACAGCGGUGCCUUGUACCAGGAGAGCUCUGUGUGUGUGCCUUUCCUUCUGGCCCCUCCCCACCUGACGCUGCCUCAUUCUGUGAUAAAUGGGCUCAGCUCACUGCAUGUUGAUGCUCUCCUGACAGCUGCCAGGAGAUCUGGCCUCCUGGAAGAAGCAGGAGAUGCAGGUUUCUGGGUUGAAGCACUGGGAGGGGUGUGUUUUGACCUGCUUGGGAGUUAGCAGAUGUGAAAGGGGGCAGUCCUGAUCAGUUAUCAGCCUUGAGCAUCCUGAUGAGUGGUCAGGGCAGGGAGAGAAAGGGUGUUGGUGACCUGGUUUGUCAAGCAUCUCUGCCACCGAAGAAGCCCCCUCACUGACUUCACCACCUCCUGGUGACACAACAGCAUUUCCCAGUGGGAAAACAGCUGAUUUAUGGGACCACAUACCCUGAACAAGGAAGGUACGAAGCCUACCCAAAACAAGAGCCUGCCUUUUUCUAGCGUCUGACUGGCUGUUAUAUCCUUCCUGUGGCUAGAAGUAUAAUGGGGGGGAUAUAUGCCAGCAAUUACUUUUGCCUCUAAAGGGUUGGUAAUUAGGGCUCUAAUUAAUCCCUGUUUAGACUAGUGAAGGCCCAACUUUUUGUGUUGGUCCUGUGACUCCCCUGCUAAGAACCAUCUAGAGACUUCUGACUACUGUUGUAACAUUCUGGUUGCAAGGCGGGAGGAUGAUCCCAGGUGGGACCGCACUGCUGUUUUGAAGACGACGACAUUCUACAUCUACGUCAUUUUAUGUACUACUCUGCCAGCUAUUCACAAGAAGCUCUUAGAUAAUUGUACUGCUUUGCUGUGCCUUGGUUUCCCCUAUAUGUAAAACAGGGAUGAUACAGAAGUUGACCUUGGCCCUGGUAUAUACCUGGAGGGCAUCAGAUAAAAAGCACUGAAGGAGUGCAGCCUGGUUCCUGUGUCCUCUUCCACUCAAGUUAGAACAAGCAGGGAGGGGAGAGAGGCUGUUGGGGUCAUUGUGAACCCCUGUACCUCCUGGUGAAAAGCCUUCACAAUGUGCCUUUUUGCUUAAAAUACAGGAAUUUUUGAGGAAAAAAAAUAAUUUGGUCACAAUUAUUUUUGUAUUGAUCACUUAAAGGGGGAGAAGGGAAAGGUAUUUUAAUAUUGCAACAUGAAGUAAAACACACUUGAUUUUUUUUAAAAACAAAUUAUUUAUCAUUUGUAAGGUAAAAUAAACUGGUUUUUUUUAAAGCA